GGGUAGUUACUGUAAAAUAAACUGUUAAGUAGGAAGUCGCCUUAAGCUACACCCAUGUAGUCCAUAGCCACACCGCUGUUGGGUGUGUUGCCUUCCAGUACCUUCUUGGUUUCACAGGCGUGCGGAACACAUCGGAUAAUUUAAUGCGUAGCCUACUAAAAAAUACAUUAUUAAACUAUUUAUCAACGUAUUUGAUGAAUACUUUUCUGUAAGAUAGCAAGAUAAAGAACAUAGUAAAAUAUUUUAUUGUCAUUGAGAAUCAUAUCCUCAAGAGUCGGAGUUUUGAGCGUGUACCUGAACGCAUCGUAAACGCAGCUCUCUGCUGGUCGGUCAGCUCCUCUCCUCCGCUGUAAACACACGGUGUAAACUCAGUAAACUGGGUGGAUCCAACCAGGACACAGACAAACUUCUCAAAACACCAUGCUGUGAGAGCGAGCACCAUCACCGUGGAUUCAAACAGGAGGACCUCGGCAGCUGUAAUUCCUUCACGCGCACACAGCAAGCAGGCCUUCUCCUAUUUCUACAAUGACCACCCUCGAGGACGGCCACAUGUACACCUUUGGCCCGGAGCUGCCCGCCAUGUUCGAUGGCAUGAAGCUGGCAGCAGUGGCGGCCGUGCUCUACAUCAUUGUGCGCUGUCUGAACCUGAAGAGUCCUCCUGCUCCACCAGAGGUCAUCUACCAGGACACGCCGCUGAGCCACUACCUGCUUAAGUCCUGCCCAAUGCUGACCAAAGAAUACAUUCCUCCCUUGGUUUGGGGGAAGUCCGGUCAUCUCCAGACAGCCCUGUAUGGCAAGAUGGGACGUGUCAACACUCCAACGCCCUGUGGUGUUCGCAAGUUCCUCCCGAUGCAGGAUGGAGCCACAGCUACGUUUGACCUCUUUGAAGCUCACGGAGAGCACAGCACAGGAGAUGACAUUACCAUGGUAAUCUGCCCUGGGAUCGGUAACCAUAGUGAGAACAACUACCUCCGGACCUUUGUGGAUUACUCCCAGCGGCAGGGUUACCGCUGUGCCGUCCUCAACCACCUGGGAGCCCUACCCGACAUGGAGCUCACCUCGCCACGCAUGUUCACAUACGGUUGUACCUGGGAGUAUGCAGCCAUGGUGGGCUACAUCAAACGCACUUUUCCCCAGACGCUGCUGGUGGUUGUGGGCUUCAGCCUGGGGGGUAACAUCGUCUGUAAGUUCCUGGGAGAAAACCGAUCGAACCAGGACCGAGUGCUGUGCUGUGUCAGCGUCUGCCAGGGUUACAGCGCCCUCAGGGCCCAGGAAACAUUCCUUGAGUGGGACCAAUGCCGGAGGCUCUACAGCUUUGUCUUGGCAGACAAGAUGAAGAAGCUCAUCCUGUCACACAGGGACAGUUUGUUGAGCAUGAACUCCAGCAGCAUUGGAGACGCAGACCUGAACAGACUGUACACAGCCACGUCUCUGAUGCAGGUGGAUGACUGCAUCAUGAGAAAAUUCCACAACUACAGCUCACUGAGAGAAUACUAUGAGAAAGAGAGCUGCGUGCACUACAUCCACAAAAUCACUGUACCCCUCCUCCUGGUAAACGCUGCAGACGACCCGCUAGUCCACCAGUCGCUACUGGCUAUUCCACGCACACUCGCAGAGAAGAUGCCCAAUGUGGUGUUCGCCCUGACCCAGUAUGGAGGCCACAUGGGCUUCUUCGAGGGAGCCGUGCUGUUCCCUCAGCCCCUCACCUGGAUGGACAAGGUCAUAGUCGAGUACACCGACGCCAUCUGCCACUGGGAGAAGACGUGGCCGGUCUGCCGGAGCGGCAGCCCCCGGGACACGAACUCAUACCUGCAGAGCACAGGGUAACACUGAGUGGGUGACGCGUGCAUAUGAAGAGUCCAGGGAAAAAAAAUGCACAAUGACACAAAGGCACAUGCUCAGCCCUCUGCAUCUGCUCUUCUUCAGCACUAAUGGUCAUGCAGUUUGGUGAUUCUCGUAAAUGUUGUUGGAUUACACAGAGAGGUCAGAGCGGAGGUGGCUUAACCAACUUGUAAAGGAAAACUUCCAGAGAUAAUAAUACCUGUGAGUGUAACGUGACCCCACGCUGAAUUGUUCCUUCCUCUUUUGUUCUCACUUAACCUCCAGUGGAACAAUAGUUUGCCCUCUACUGGGUUUUGGCAGCAGCUUCUUCUUUAGUGUUAACGGCAGCGAUGUAAUCGGCAGGGAAGUGCAUUCAUGCCAGAGCUUCAAUGUGAUUUUUGACCUUGGUUUUAAAAGGGGAAAAAGUCAUGUUAGCAGGCUUUCUUGUAAUGGCCAAGGGCAUGGUCAAUGUGAAAGCCCCCAAAUACCGACUACGGAUGAAACAAACUCCUGGUGCCUGUUGUAUAUUAUGCAUCCCAACUAAGUAUAAUUUGUAUUUCAACCGCUUCAGUUACAGUAUGUGUAUGUGUCUGCUGCCCUUUAAUUCUGUACAGCUGCGCGUAGUGGACUCACACAUAUUUCACAGUAACAGUGAAGAAAUAAGAGGUUUCUGUCUCCUGAAAUGCUGGAGCACCGGGCAGGAAGCAGAUGAAAAAUUAUACUUAGCAGACAGAGGAAGUUGGAAACAAAUAGAAACCUGCGUGAGAUAAAGACCAAGACAUUUUGUAGUUUAACAAAGCUUUUGGUCAUCAUUUAAGGAAAUGCUGUACACGCAAAAAAUAAAUAUAUGUUAUGUUUAUCUAUGUAAGGUUUCUGAUAAUCUGAAGAGCUGCAAUACUGCACGACUGAGUUUACAGCCGUAGUUACUGCUCACCAUGAUGUCUGUCCUCUUCAGUUGAGUUCUGUGUUAAUGUCCGUUGUAUAACAUACUAAAAGCACAUUGCGUGCUGAACGUUUAUUGCAGGACGGAUGUGGUACGAUUUUGGUUUGGUUUAUUUGCAUCAUUUGAGGCAUCAUUUUCAAAACAGUCCAGUUUUUUCACUUUGCAUUUUCAUUCUGUGCAGAGGACCAUCAGCACGCGGUAUUUCACUCUUCACUGUUGCUAAAUUCAUUUCCUAAAUUGUACUGUUUUUGCUGCAGAAAGUGUGUUUUUAGUUGUCCACAACCCAGGGCAAGAGAUCUAUGGAAAGUGUUGCAAAAAUACACUCUUCCUAAAGAAAGGAGAAAGGAGAGUGAAAAUGAGGAGCAAAAAACAAUUUGUUCUUAUUUAUAAAAUGAGAAAUCAAAUGUUGGGCCUUUCUUUGGACUCUCUUCUUAGUUGUGAUGGCCUGAAAGGCACCUGUGUUAGGUUUAAUUAGCACACAGUGGAGGUUUCAUAGUCAACAUCAACUUGAACGAGCACUAACUGACAGGUUAGCACUGUACUGUAAAUACAGAGAAGCCCUGUGGCAUCUCAUGAUUUUGUACUUUCCCCCGGUACAGCCCUGAUGAAGGACCUAAACCCUUUGUUUAACGCAUUCAGUUUAUUCUGUUAUUUGUUUGUUUUCACUAGCCUGUGUCUAGGUGCGCUUGUGUGAUAUGAAUCAGUUUCCUGUGACUAAUUUCCUGUCACGCUGCACCCAGUUUUUUUUAGAUUGUCUGUUUAUGUGCAUUUAUCUUAAAAUCAACCUCUAAAUCAUCAGUUUACCUUCUCAGUCCGUCCUUUCUUAGUCGUAUGCAGCCUGCAGCAGCACAACUACUGUUUACACGUGCAACAUAACACGACCGUUUUGCCUGGAAUUUACUGUCCAUAGUUCCUGUUAAUGCGCAUGAGCUCAAGUGAGCACAUCCGUUAAUAAAUAUUUUUCGCAAACAUC